AUGCUCAUGCUCUGUCAACAUCUCAGUCCUCCACACUCAUGUGGGAAUGUAUUGUACUUUUCUAUACAGCAGGACAUUGACAGACAACAGAAAGAACUACUCAAGAGUUUCAUCGGUCGAGACGUUAUUCAGAAACUGAUGGGAAGAGAAAAUCUCACACUGGGAGAACGUUUCAUCUUGGUGGGCUUCUCAGAUCAGCCAUGGCUAGAGAAGAUCUUGUUUGUGUUCAUCUUGAUAUUCUACCUUCUAACACUAAUGGGUAAUGGGACCAUCAUUCUGGUCUCCAAUCUGGACUCCCAGCUUCAUACACCCAUGUAUUUCUUCCUCACUCACCUUUCCUUUAUUGACCUCAUCCAUAUGACCUGCAUUAGUCCUCAGAUGCUAGUCAACCUUGGGAGUACGGAUAAAUCCAUAAGUUUUGCUGGAUGUGUGGCCCAGCUUCUCAUCACCUUGGGUCUAGGGGGCACUGAGUGCAUACUUCUUGCCAUGAUGGCAUAUGAUCGCUAUGUUGCUGUCUGUCAGCCCUUGCAUUAUUUAACCCUCAUGCCACCACAACUGUGCUGGGGAUUGGCCAGCAUAUCCUGGUUUGUUGGUUUCAGUAACUCACUGAUCCAUACAUCUAUUACAAUAACUCUUCCCAGAUGUGGCCAUCACUGGAUAAACCAUUUCUAUUGUGAGACACCUCCAAUAAUACAACUGGCCUGUGUGGACACUUCAAAUUACAGAAAGGAAAUUACAGUGCUGAGCAGUAUAUUCCUCAUCUUUCCUCUCUCAUUGAUCUUGGUCUCUUAUGGGCGCAUUGCACAUAGUGUGUUGAGGGUGAAGGCACCUGGAGGGCGACAAAAGGCACUUGGGACAUGUGGUUCCCAUCUCAUAGUGGUGACCAUCUUUUACAGUACUGUCAUCUAUAUGUAUAUGACCCCAAAGACAAAGCUCUCUCAUGAUGUGACCAAAUUUGUGGCACUGCUAUAUAAUUUUAUUCCACCUGUGCUUAACCCCAUAAUUUACACUUUGAGAAACAGAGACUUUAAGAAAGCAAUAAGGAAGAUAAUGAUAAGAAAACAAGAAAGGAGAAAAUAA